UACUCAGUUUGGCGGACAUGAUACUGGAAUUAGAAGUGGGUAUUAAAGUCCGUAAGACCACCGGAGAAUGGGAACUGAUAACAACGGCUGAUGGAGUGGCACCAGCCAACAACUUUCUGCACUCCCUGUUUUCCUCAUGCCAUGUGACGGUGGCCAACCGAUUGAUCUCAGAUGCCGCAACUUUCUACCCGUACCGCGCCUACCUGGAAUCACUGUUGUCCCACACACUGGACGCUCAACAAAGCCAACUGACAUCCGCCGCUUUCUACUACGACAGUCCAGGUUCCUUCAACAGUGAAACAACCAACAACGGUGAAAAAAAUCGAGCGGCACUAUUUAAUGCGGGGCAAUACGUGCAGCUUUCCGGCAAAUUGUUUUCGGACUUGUUUGACCAAAGCAAACCCCUGUGCACCGGAGUUCCCGUUAAUAUUCGCCUGGUGGUGAGCCGACCGGAGUUUGCCCUACGUGUAUGGGAUACGGACACCACCAAGACUUUCAAACCAUUUAUCCGUAACGCGCGUUUGUCGGUACGUCGUUACAUUCCAUCACCGGACUUUCUGACCGCCGUAGCCGGAGAACUCCUGAAAAAAACGGUCAAGUACCAUAUCGAACGCGUAGUGAUGCGCGUGUCGGACAUUCCCCAACGGACUCAAAGCACCGUAAUCAGCAAUUUGCAGAUUGGCCAAAUUCCCAAGGUGGUAUUUAUUGGUUUUGUGGACAGCGAAGACUUUCACGGCUCGCAAAAGAAAAACCCCUUUUACUUCCAACACUUCAACAUUACACAAAUCAGCGUCGAAGUGGACGGACAGAGCUACCCGACAAAACCGUACACGGCUGAUUUUGCCCGUAACCUGUCUCUGGAGUGCUACGACGGGCUGCUGGACACUCUAGGACACCGCCCUAGCUUGCAUGGCGGCUUACCUUUCAACCGAACCCAAUACAACGACGGAUACACCAUUUUCGGAUUCGACCUGACUCCAGGACAUACCGGUCGUGGACCACUGACACUGAUUAAGCAGGGAAACCUUAGUGUCUCGGUGUCGUUCGGGAAACCACUGAAAAGCACCAUUAUGAUGACUUUACAACAUGAAUACACAGGAAAUUACCUCGGCCCUCCAUGGAAAUCCUCAGACCACAGCGGUAUUUCGUGGGGUCUACGCCAGCGAUCAAGUUCCAACGACAUUGGCACCUUUUCCGGGAGCGUGUGUAGUGAAUACCGACCCAGCGGACCAAGAAGGCGAACACUGGAUUGCGCUGUACCAGGAACAAACCGGUAAAAUGGAAAUGUUUGAUUCGUACGGGAAAGCUUUGGAAAGCUACUCUCGAUAUUUUGCGCCACUGGCGGCCGCCAAUGAAAUAACCUUACAAAAUGAACAGUUUCAGUCUGAGUUUAGCACUGUCUGUGGACAAUACUGCUUGUUUUUUAUUUUGCGACGCUGUAGUGGUGAAUCUUAUACUAAUAUUGUGCAUUUGUUUACGGAUAGCCGGCUAAGCAACGACAAAAUGGUGUGUCAGUAUGUCAAUUCUUUUUUCGACAUCAAUACAUCCAUGGUGGAUGGAGCUUUACUCCGUCAAAUGUGCAAACGUUUAAUGAAAUAAAAAAAUUACUGAUCCGUUUCCGUUAUUCGUACGAGUAGAUGAAAAAACAGCAAUUCAACAGUAAUCAGCCGAAAUAAUAUCUCCAACAUUGGAACGAAUUUGAUCGCCAUGUUUAGCCAAAAAACCAGCCACAUCGAGGUCAAGAGCUUGUUCAACACUUAACUUAUCCAGUCCAAACAAAAUCCCAUGGACCAUACGUAAUUCCAAAAAGCGCUCCACGGCCCCGUUCCAUUCCGCAUCGGACGGUACGUAGUUGUCUUCAUGGCACCGUUGAAAGGUCCCGUCGUCUAGCUGCUUGACCAGUGGCGCCAAAGCAUCAGCAAUAUUUUCACACAGCGUUGGGAACGUCAGUCCUUCCUUGAUCGGGUCCUGGGUUCCCUGUUCUUUUUGAAUUUUGGC